AUGACUUCAGCGGCGAACAUGGCAGUAAGGGAAAAGCGUCGAGGAACUUCCCAGCAGGAUAUCGACCAGAUGGAGGUUCGAAAGGCUUUGACGGCGGCCGAGUAUUCGCGACGACAGUUUGUCCUCAACUUCGCGGCCAGCAAGGACAUUCAGCUCCUCAUUCCCGGCAAGAAGGCGCAGGCGAUCAAGGAGGCCGAGGAGUGGACGGUUAUCUGGCUGGCCCAGAAUCAGCUCACUACAGUAUCCAACGAUUUUUUCAAGUACACGGUUGACUUGAGGCUAUGGUGCAAGCUCGUCGGUGACGAGAUCCCGUUCCCGUUUGCUUUCAUGAAGUGCCCCAACAAUCCCAGCGAUGGCGAGAACAGGAGCAGGGCACCAACACCAAAGGGUGAUGCUUUCUUGACAAGACAUGCCGUCGAGACUACCCCCGACCCCAUCUCCGCUCCCAACCUGCCCGCCAGCAAGCAAGUUAAGAGGCAGUCCCUUCAACGAUCGGAAUCAGAUAACGAGACCGUAACCAGAAGGCAUACGGACAUGAAGAAUGCAAAGACAACUGAAAUUCCUCUGAAUAAGGCGCGCAGCCUCUCGCUCGACAGCGCGGACGACGACCUGAAGGUACGCAAGAAGUCCAGCAACCGCUUCUUGAUGCGGUUGAGCCGCUCAUGGGCUCGACGGGUCUCAUCUUGAAAUCAGUCCCCUCAAGUGCUAUAACUUUAGCAGUCUAUCAUCAUUUCAGUGUUAAAAGUCGACAAUAUUUAUCAGAUAUGGACGAUAAACUUUCAAUUUAUCGACAUCCCACACCCAAUUCACAGGUACCCGACGGCCUGUUAUCAAAACGAUCGGCGAACAGAGAAACGAAUAAGGCUUAUCGGUGCCGGGAAAC